AUGUUUAACCUAGGUGUGCAGGUCAUCAACGGCCAAAAGACCUUUAUACCGCUAGAGAACAACCCAGAGGUCCAUAAACAUCUAUGUAAGAACCUCGGAGUAUCCCCGAGCCUCACCUUCCAUGACAUCCUCUCCACCACCCCAGAAAUGCUCUCCUGGAUCCCACGACCCGUAAACGCCCUCAUCCUCCUCUGCGACAAACCCAUCUACCUCGCCGCGCGGUCUCGCGUCGAACACAGCAUACCCGAGUAUCUCGGCAGCGGGGCUGACGAGCCCGUGCUAUGGAUGAAGCAGACGAUCGGACAUGCGUGUGGGUUGAUGGCAUUGCUACAUGUGGUGGUAAAUUUGGAGAAUGGGAAAUAUGUCCUGGCGGGAUCGGAGCUGGAGAAGAUCGUGAAGAGCGCGAUUGGGCUGGGACCAGUGGAGAGGGCGCGACUCUUGUAUGAUUCGAGGUUUUUGGAAGAGGCGCAUAUGGAUGCAGCAUCGGAAGGGUGCUCAAUUGUGCCUUUGCCGCAGGAGGAAUGUGGGUUUCAUUUUAUUGCAUUUGUUAAGAAAGAUGGGAAAGUUUGGGAGUUAAAUGGAGGCAUGAAUGGCCCAUUAUUGCGAGGUGAAUUGGAGGGGGACUUGUUGGGAGAAGAAGGGUUGGAUAUGACGAAGUCUCCUAAUAUCACAUUGAUCCAAGGCAACCUCGAUCACCCGGCUGCCAUCUUCGAGAAUGUAAAGCGUCAAACCUCAACCCCAGUUUGGGGCGUGUUCAGCGUCCAAACCGCCAAUCCCAGAAACGACGACGAAAGACGCCAAGGAAUGGCUCUGAUAGAUGAGUCCGUCAAACAAGGCGUCAAGUACUUCGUGUACAGCUCUGUCGACCGCGGUGGCGAGAGAUCAGACCAAAACCCAACUCAAGUCCCCCAUUUCAUUUUCAAACACGAGAUCGAGAAGCAUCUCAAAGAGAAAGCAAAAGGGACCGAUAUGGAAUGGACGAUUCUACGUCCCGUUGCCUUCUUCGAGAAUCUCACACCGGAUUACUUCGGGAAGGUGUUUACGACUGCAUGGCAGAUGUCUCUGGAGGGCAAGCCGCUGCAACUGGUCGCAACGAGUGACAUUGGGUUCUUUGCGGCUGCGGCAUUCACGAAUCCUGAGGCGUUGAAGAAUCAUGCUUGCUCGCUUGCUGGGGAUGAAUUGACGUUUGACCAGAUGUCGGAGACUUUCAAGCAGUUGACUGGCAAGAAUGUGCCGACUACUUUUAGCAUUCCGGUUAGGUUGAUGAUGGCUGCUGUCAAGGAGCUGGGUGUCAUGUUCAAAUGGUUCCAUGAUGAGGGAUAUGGUGCGGAUAUUCCGACUUUAAAAAAGUUGAAUCCUGGCUUGAAGGCCUUUGGGGAUUGGUUGAAGGAGGAUAGCAAAUUUGAGACACGCUAG